AUGGAGGCCGCCGAGGAGGGGGCUGCCGAGCAGGUCCUGCUGCAGAGCGAGCUGCUCGCCAGGAACCACCACGUUGCCACCGCUGCCUCCUCUCCCUCCUCCUCCUCGUCGUCGUCGUCGUCCUCGCAGCCCCCGCUCGCCUUCUCUCCCGAGCACGUCGCGUGCGUGUGCGAGGCGCUGCAGCAGGGGGGGAACCUGGACCGCCUGGCCCGCUUCCUCUGGUCGCUGCCCCCGAGCGACCUGCUACGUGGCAACGAGAGCCUCAUGAAGGCGCGGGCGCUCGUCGCUUUCCACCAGGGCAUCUACGCGGAGCUCUACAGCAUCCUGGAGAGCCACAACUUCGACGCGGCGAACCACGCGCUGCUGCAGGAGCUGUGGUACAAGGCGCGCUACAGCGAGGCGGAGCGCGCCCGCGGCAGACCCCUGGGCGCCGUGGACAAGUACCGGCUGCGCAGGCACUUUCCUCAGAAACCCCGCCUUCGGCUAGAAUCGCUUGAAAGUGUGUUUUAAAGACAAAGCAGAAAAUAAGUGGCGUUUUUUUUGUUGUUUUUUUUUUUCCCCAAAAAAAGAUAUUUUUCUAAUGGGCCUUGUCAGAGCAAGCAGUCCUGUUUGGUCUUGACGGUCCCCAGCAGGCCACAGUAAUGCCGUGUCUCCCUCUUUCCCCGUAGCGAGUCAGAUGGCAACCCCAGCACGGAAGAUGAAUCCAGCAAGGGGCAGGAGGACUUAUCUCCGCAUCCGCUCUCCAGCUCGUCUGAUGGAGUUACCAGCCUCAGCCUUCCCGGCCACAUGGAGCCCGUGUACAUGCAGCAGCUUGGAAACACUAAAAUAGCCUUGAGCUCAUCGGGCGUCUUGUUGAACGGAAACCUCGUGCCUGCCAGUACCUCUCCUGUCUUUCUCAACGGUAGCUCUUUCCUCCAGGGACCCAACGGUGUCAUUCUCAAUGGACUCAGCGUGGGGGCCUCGCAGACAGUAACUUUGAAUUCGCCUAAAACCACUUCCAGCGGUGUGAGCAACGGGGUGUCAAUCACUGACAUAUUGUCAUCGUCUUCAGAAGAUGUCAAGGACUUCAAACUCCUCCAGGCCUCUGUCCCUAACGCUGCAGCAGCUACAUUCAGCCCCACUAACAUCCCGGUCUCGUUCCCAGGACUGAUACCAAGUGCUGAGGUGAAAAGGGAGAGCACUCAAACUGUUGCUUCCCAAGAUGGAGGCUCUGUAGUUACUUUUACUGCUCCUGUCCAAAUAAACCAGUAUGGCAUUGUCCAGAUCCCCAAUUCAGGAACAAAUGGCCAGCUGCUGAACGGAAGCAUCGGUUUUUCUUCUCUGCAGCUGCCUCCUGUUUCUGUGGCAGCUUCACAAGGUAAUGUUUCAGUAAAUCCUAGUACAACAGAUGGAGGAACUUUUACAAGUGACUCCUCAACAGUGCAACAAGGCAAGGUUUUCUUCAGCCCUCUCACGCCAAGUGCAGUGGUUUAUACAGUUCCCAAUUCAGGUCAGGCAGUAGGAUCUGUUAAGCAAGAAGGACUGGAAAGAAGCCUUGUCUUUUCCCAGUUAAUGCCAGUUGGUCAGAACACGCAACUAAAUGUAAACAUGUCUUCUGAAAAUGUAUCUGGUGGAGGACUCCAGUCCCUGGCCUCCUCACUAGUGAAUGUAACUCCCUCGCAUAAUUUUUCCCUCACGCCACCAACUCUUUUAAAUGCUGCAGAACUGAGCUCUGGUAUCUCGGAGAGCCAGCCCAUGUCCUCGCCCGUAACCAGUACCUCCACCGUGAUAUCUAUCAGCAACACUAACUAUGCAACUCUUCAAAACUGUUCCCUCAUUACCAGUCAGGAUCUGCUGUCCAUUUCUACAGCACAGCCUGCGCUCGGCGAAAUAGUUUCUACCGCUGGAGACCGUGUCAGCCAUCCACCUGCCCAAGUGCACCCAGAUUUUGUCAGAGAGCACAGGUUAGUUCUGCAAGCCGUACCUGACGUCAAGGAGAAUUUCUUACCUACUUCUGAGAGCAAGUCAACGGGCAACCUAAUGAUGCUGGAUACGAAAUCCAAAUAUGUUAUGAGUAACGUGGUUGACACAGUCUGCGAAGAACUGGAAACAGAUAAAAAAGAACUUGCCAAAUUGCAAACAGUUCAAAUGGAUGAAGAUAUGCAAGACUUGUAAUUUUUUUUUUUUUGCUUUCUGUUUUAAGAGUUAAGUCUCUUGUUGAGGCUGUAACA